AGAGCAUCUAAUUAUUAGUACAGUUGAUCCUCCCUUGCGACUAAAUGAGCGUUAAAAUAACGGCGUUUUAUCUUGACUAGACUUUAUCCUAUAGUUAUAUUGAUUAUGUCUUUGGAAAGUUCUUUGAGUCUGAAUAAAUCCCCGAAAAGGGUGGAAAUGGAAGAUGUAGAAAGGUGGUCGGAUUUUGGAGCUUUUGUGCCGAUGUGUCACGAUACUAUUUACGAGACACCUGUUUACCCUAUUGACACACGACUGAACAACAUCAUUCGGAUUUGCACGGCCGAACAGUAUCCUUAUUUAGAGGUAGACGUUGUUGUCUUCCGAGCACCAGACAUUUACCCUCUUUCCAAGUCAAUGAUGACCGAAGCCGGUAAAAAAUUCCGGCAUUUCGCACAGACCAAAUACAGUCUCAACUGCGGCCAGAUCGAGUUCUCAGGCCAGCAUGAUCUAGUCGGAUCAAACUAUGUUGCAGUAGCUGCUGGAGUCGAAGGUCCAGUUGGUAAGUUUGCCAACAGUCUGGAUACUCUGGUGACCAAAACGUACAGAAGACUCUUCUUUGAGAGUCUGGAGAGUGAGGAUCUAGGUCCAGUGGGGAGUAUCGCUAUUUGUGGAUUGUAUCCUACGGGGGAGUGUUGCUACGAGGGCAUGCAAAGUGCAUUCAGGGUGAUGCGUAAAGUUCUUGAGCACCGGCUUUUCUCCGACCUCAAGUCAGUAGUACUGUGUCCGAUCUCGAGUGAAAUCAAUGAGUUGCGAGAAGUCCUCGCCUACUACUUCCCCCGCAACAAGAACGAGGAGCAACUCGCUUUCUACCUUCCACGCAUGAACUACAAUGAGUGGGGGGAAGUGAUCAAAGAGGAAAAAGUUGUCAAGCCGUACAAAUCAGUUUUUAGUCAGUCGGGAGGUUAUAACGAGUAG